AUGGAUUCGUUCACAAAAUCAUUACUAUAUGAGGAAGUACGACAACAUUUUCUGGCUGGACGUUUACCAUCCUUCGAUGACAAGACGGUUAUACACUUGGCUAGUAUACUAACCUCUUUACUAUAUGGAGAUAAAGUGAAAAGCAUUGAAUCGGGUCAACUUGAAAACGUUCUUCCGCAAUAUCUCCUCCGCAAUACGACGGUUGAUUGGAAGGCACAGAUAAAAAGCAGAUUAAAGAAAGCAAAAAAAACAUCAUCGAACGUUGAUCUGCUGCAAACGGAGUUUCUACAAAUAUGUCGAGAGCUGAAGAUUUAUGGUUCAACAUACUUCGAAGCUGAGAUAUAUAAUACAAGGCCAAUAGUUCUUCAAGGACAAGUAUGGUGUGCAAUUAAUGAUCAAGGCUUACACUUAAUUACCAUCCAUCAGCAUAUACAUCGAGCUAGUUAUGAUUACAAAGAAUUGACAUUUGGUCAGAAGAACUGGGAUGGCCGUACGGUUCUUCAUGUAGUAGCCAGAGCUCAUGAUCAUCAGUUCUACAUCCUCUCUAAUCAAGUCUCCCAUCUCAUCAUGUUGAUUCAAAAAAUAGGAAAUAUUAAGAUAGUCGAAUAA